GAGAGCCUAGACCUUGCGGUGGGGAGGUGAGUGUCCUGCGGUGCCUGGAGGAGCGAGUCUCCUGGACAAAGAAAAGGCUUGGAGGACCUCAAUCUACUGUGCCAACAGGACAUGAAUGACCGACUUUUUAUUGCUUACUACUUGAAGGCACCUAAAUAGGAGUUCACAGGACUCUUUGUAGAACCCAUUGACCCCGCUGUCAAGAAAUUGACCUAGGAGCGACUGCCCCCUGAAGGAAAUGUCUGACACUCAUCACAGCAGCCCUCUCCUGACAGAGCCUCUUUCCAGCAGAUACAAACCGUAUGAGUCAGAGUUUACCAGCCCUAGCUGGCCCUCAAGCCCCCAGGAUACACACCCAGCCCUGCCCCUCCUGGAAAUGCCUGAAGAAAAGGAUCUCCGGUCAUCCAAUGAAGACAGCCAUAUUGUGAAAAUGGAAAAACUCAAUGAAAGGAGUAAAAGGAGAGAAAGCGGGGCAGCUCAUCGGGGCUCUACAGGCUUGGGGGGCAUCAGCCUCUUCCAAGCAGUGGGAUACCUCACAGGGGACAUGAAGGAGUGCAGGAGCUGGCUGAAAGAUAAGCCACUGGCCCUCCAGGUUACAGACUGGGUCCUGAGGGGCACUGCUCAGGUAAUGUUUGUCAACAACCCUCUCAGCGGACUCAUCAUCUUCAUAGGGCUUCUGAUCCAGAAUCCCUGGUGGACGACUGCUGGGGUGUUGGGGGCAGUGGUCUCAACCUUAACUGCCCUCGCCUUGAACCAGGACAGGUCUGCCAUCGCCUCAGGCCUCCACGGGUACAAUGGAAUGCUGGUCGGAAUACUGAUCGCUGUGUUCUCUGAGAAGUUAGACUAUUACUGGUGGCUUCUGUUUCCUGUGACCUUCACAGCCAUGACCUGCCCAGUUCUUUCCAGUGCCUUGAAUUCCAUCUUCAGCAAGUGGGACCUUCCUGUCUUCACGCUGCCCUUCAACAUUGCUAUGACCCUGUACCUGGCAGCCACCGGCCACUACAACCUCUUCUUCCCCACAACACUGGUGGAGCCUGUGUCUUCAGUGCCCAAUAUCACCUGGACAGAGAUGGAGAUGCCCUUGCUGCUACAAGCCAUCCCCAUCGGGGUUGGCCAGGUGUAUGGCUGUGACAAUCCCUGGACAGGCGGCGUGUUCCUGGUGGCUCUGUUCAUCUCCUCACCACUCAUCUGCUUGCAUGCAGCCAUUGGCUCAAUUGUGGGGAUGCUAGCAGCCCUGACGGUGGCCACGCCCUUUGAGACCAUCUACAUGGGCCUCUGGAGCUACAACUGUGUCCUCUCCUGCAUCGCCAUAGGGGGCAUGUUCUACGCCCUCACCUGGCAGACGCACCUGCUGGCCCUCGUCUGUGCCCUGUUCUGUGCAUACAUGGGAGCAGCCCUGUCCAACAUAAUGUCGGUGAUUGGUGUGCCGUCAGGCACCUGGGCCUUCUGCCUCUCCACCCUCAUCUUCCUGCUCCUGACAACCAACAACCCUGCCAUCUAUAAGCUCCCACUCAGCAAAGUCACCUACCCAGAGGCCAACCGCAUCUACUACCUGACAGUGAAGAACAUUGAAGAAGAGAAGUCCCCCAGCGGUGACUAGCCCAUUUCUAGGCUGAAAUGCUCUUUGCCUGGACCUGGUGUCUGCUCCCUGUGGUCUCAACUCUGGGUCAAUCAGCAACAGCACUCACCUUCUGUGCCUCUCCUUGCACCUGUGUAACCAAACACACCUGUACCUCCCUUAUCCUGAUGGCUGAUUUUUCUCUCUCUGCACAGAUCACCAUAACUAUCCAUGUGUGACAUUAGAGAAUGUUGGUAUGAGCUUGCUGGAGUUAGAAGUAAGACAUGUGCUUUAAAUGUCAUUGUCUUAAAGCAAAAACGUUUCUAUUUAGUCUUUUGGGAAGAUGAUUACAAGAUGAUCUUCUUGGCAUGUUUAACUAAAUAAUAGAUGCUGUAAAAUUGAACUUGCUGAGUGGUUCCUAGGCAGAUACAGAAACAGAGUGUGUGGAAAUUCAGGGGAUACGCACAAAGAGUUGAAGGUGCCUUAGUGCGCUUAGCUAGUGGUUGAUGGGCACACCCAGCUUUACAAAAAAGAGGAAUUUCACACUGAUAGACUGUUAAAGUCAAAAGAGACAAUUAGGGAAUUGGGAGUGUCUAAAUAGGAUAUUUCAAACAUUCAUUGGUCAGAGGAAAGGGCAAGAUGAUAUCUAAUAGCAGGAAGCAAUUAAUAAAGAUUAGAAUCCCAUAUAUGAGUUUUAUUAUGAAGGAUAAAAUUAUGAAGGAUAAGCAUUUCUUAGUAUAAGUCAAACCAGCAACUUUGAGUAGAGAUCUCAAUUGAGAAAAGUAUCUGAUUUCAAUGUGUGAAAAUCUGGGGAAAUUUAUUUCAUUUUCCUAUUUGCUUAUGGGUGUUGGAAGCUUUAUCAAGUCUGUGAUACUUAAAACAAAUGGUUAGCCUGAGUAGGACCAACAAUUAUCCAUGAAUUUCAUACUUUAACUUCCCAAUUACAGCCAUUAGCUUACAUUCAGUCUUUAUAUGUAGAUCAGCGCUCAGCAAACUUUUUCUGGAAAGGGUCAAAUAGUAAAUAUUUUUUAUUCUGUCUAUAGAAAGAUUCACUUGUGUCAUUAUAGCAUGAAACAGUCUUGGACAACAUAUAAAUGAAUGAACAUGGUUGUAUUCCAAGAAGACUCUAUUAAACAAACAAACUAGUUUGGACCCAAAAGCUGAACUUAGCCAGUGCCUGACAUGGAUGUUCAAAUAAUAAUGGUUAGGAGCUUGUGGGCAGCAGGCCCAUAGGACAUCACCAAAUUCUUUACAACAGACAGCCACAUAACCAUUUAUAUGCUGGGUGAUACUGGAAGCUUUUUAGGAAAGUGAGAUUACUAUGGCCAGAAUCUGGAAGAUCUGAGGCUCUUUGAUAGACCCCAGGCACUAGGGGCUACAGUUUUAAACAGGCUCUCCUCCCACGGAAAUGUCUGGGAGCCACCCCUAAGCUUCCCCCUCCUCCAUUCCCUCACUCUGUUUCCACCUCUGCCAACAGGCAUACCACCAUGAGAGCAGGGGAGAAACCUGACCUUUAGUACAGAAGUUUCCAGCAGGAAGAGCAGGGAGGCUCCUAGAAUCCCAAGCUUGGAGGGGAGUAGUGGUGAGGGCCAGAGGGUCCUGCCAUUCUGAGAUGCAUGAACCCCUCUAUACAAAGGAUGGGGGCUUCAGUUCCCUGCCAGGCUUCCAGGCAGGACUAAAUUACCCAAAAGGGAGGGGAGAGCCACCCCCAAAACAUUCUAACAAGAGAUAACAGAACCAGUUGACCUGUUCAUUCUUUAUGGACAAUUGCACCUGGAAACCUACUUAAGCCCAGGAGACUCUCCACCCCAAGAACUGGAUCUGAUGGGAGCUGUGUUUAAACUGUGCUUUGUAUUGGAUUUCCAGGACAGGAAAACUAUUUGGGGGUGUAUGUAUGUAUGUGUGUGUGUACUUGGACAAGAGUGUCUCUUGUCCGUUUCUUUCUCACCCCACGUCUCUGUCAUUAACAAGGUCCACUUCAGUUACAGGUAUUGGGUUUUUUUUUCCUCCCAAGUUCCCACUUUCACCCCUGUAGAAAUUAAAUGUUAACUGCAUUGCCAGCUGUCAAACUCAAUGAAGAAACAUGGAUAAAAGCUAAGUGGUUCAGAAAAAGGAAAAAGUAUGUUCAGCAAAAACCAUAGGGCCUCAGAAAUUCUAUAAUACACUAUAAUAAAGAUGGCCAGAUAUGUAGGUAGAAAUAGGAAAACACCUACUAAUUUAGAAUAAGAAAGAACUGUCUGGAUGAAGUAUUGUGAAUCACUGAAUUCUUGCCAAGAGAUGUUGUCCAGGAGUGAUGAAAUGUUUUCAAAAGACAUCUUUUGGGAUUAAGAGGCAGAAAAUCGAUGGUAUUUCCCCAAUGUGGUCAAACAGGCUCCUCCUGGAGCAGAACAAAUCUUAGUAAGCCAGCCUGGUGGGCAGAUGCUUUGUGUCUCUCAUGAGCAUGGAGAAGGGUGGGGCAGAAAUGAGAAUUCCCCAUCCCUCUAAGAAAAGUCAGCCCUAUGCAGGUCCUGCGCAUGGGCCAUAAACAGAUGCCCAGAUGUCCUCUGAAGUAGCCCAGAUAGUGAUAGGGGGGUUGGAGAACUCCCUGCAGUGACCUUGUCCUGACUUCACCAGCUCCUUCCCAUCCCACUGCCCCCCUGGAUGAGUAGGGGCAGGAGCUUUAACAGCAGAGACACUACCACCAACAUGAGGUUGCACAGGAGCGAGCCACCAGGAGAGAAGGAGAAGAGAUUUGGGGUACACAACCCAGCUGCUUUGCUGCUAUCAUCCUAAACUCCAGGCAGCAGCUCUUGGGUGCACAAAUGGUAGUUGGACGUAAAUAUGGCUGAACAUAAAUAGUCAUUAAAAAGAAAAGGAAUGUAUGUUGGGCAUCAGGGGACAGUAGAGGAGGUGCUGUCCUAACCUGUCCCAAUCACACCCCCCUCCCUGUCUCCACUAUUCCCUCCUCAGACCUUCUCAUUUCCUCCCUCUGACCUCAUCAUCCCCACCCCCUUUCCAGUCUCCUCUACUCCUCACGGAAGAGCUCCACUGUCUGCCAUGAAACAGUGUCGUUCUGCUGUAUUUUUAAAUGAUCGAUCUCAGCUCAUCUUUCAGUCUUGUCUAUGAUAACUGACAUAGCCAAGUUCCAUAGUCAAGUUCUCUACGUCUUCUUGGUCAAAACUUCAGUUUGUUUGCUAAGAAAUAAUGCAUCUUCUUUAGAUUUAAACCAAUGUUGCCAUAGUGUUACUCAUAAUGUUCUCAUACAGUAAUUUCAAUCCGUCCUGUAUCUAUGGCUCUCCUUUCUCUUUCCAGUCUGAUGGAAUUUUGCUCUCUCUUCCCUAAUCAAGUAUGUGAGGGGUUCAUCCAUUUUAUUGUCUUUUUCAAAGAAGCAGUUUGAGAUUCAUUUGUCCUUUGUACAGUUUGGUUUGUUUUCUAUUUUAUUGAUUUCUUUUUCCUGUUUU